UCCGUUAGUGGUUCCUUCUGUGUAGUACUUUAUUUGCGUUUAUUACGUUCUUUCCUUCUUCCCUUCUCCUUUUUCUUUCUCCGCUCUCCCUUUGUGGGGGAGAGCUUUUGGGGAGGUCCGGCUUUCCGUUCCAUUUUGAGUUUCCAGUACCACUCUUUCGUCCUUCAAAAUAAGUAGCAAUACGUAUAUCGGCACUUGCUGUUUCUACAAUUUCAAGUCUCCCACUCCAUUUCCUUUGAAGAACUGCGAGUGGACCUUCAGGUUCAAGAAGGAGCUCAUCCAUGGCGACCCGCUCAUUGACUCGUGUCCUCAGCAUGAGGGAGCGUGUUGAGGACACGCUUUCUGCUCAUCGCAAUGAAUUGGUUUGCCUUUUGUCCAAGUAUGUUGAUCAAGGGAAAGGUAUCUUGCAACCGCAUCAGCUGUGGGCAGAGUUUGAAAGGGUAAUUUCAGAGGAAGAGAGGAAAAAGCUCAGUGAGGGUCUGUUUGGUGAAGUUUUGAGAUCUACACAGGAAGCAAUAGUUUUGCCACCAUGGGUUGCCUUAGCUGUUCGUCCAAGGCCUGGAGUCUGGGAGUAUGUUCGGGUGAACGUGCAUGAACUGAUUGUCGAGCAACUGAGUAUCCCUGAGUAUUUGACGUUCAAGGAAGAGCUUGUUGGAGGUUCCCAGGAUAACUAUUUGCUUGAACUGGAUUUUGAGCCCUUCAAUGCUUCAUUUCCUCGGCCAAAUCGUUCAUCAUCCAUUGGCAAUGGAGUGCAAUUCCUUAAUCGACACCUUUCUUCGAGAAUGUUUCAUGACAGAGAUAGCAUGCAGCCAUUGGUUGAUUUCCUGCGUGCACACAGCUACAAAGGAAGUACAAUGAUGCUGAAUGACAGAGUACAUACUCUCCGUGGUCUGCAAACUGCUCUUGCCAAGGCAGAGGAACAUCUCACGAAGAUCCCUUCAGAUACGCCCUAUUCGGAGUUUGAGCACAAGUUCCAAGAACUUGGUUUGGAGAGAGGGUGGGGAGACAAUGCUGAACAUGUUAAGGAAAUGAUUCAUCUGCUUCUUGACAUUCUGCAGGCACCUGAUCCUUCUAUACUUGAAAAAUUUCUUGGAAAAAUUCCAAUGGUGUUUAAUGUUGUUAUCCUUUCUCCUCAUGGAUACUUCGGUCAAGCGAAUGUUCUUGGGCUCCCUGACACUGGUGGUCAGAUCGUGUAUAUUUUGGAUCAAGUUCGUGCAUUAGAGUCUGAAAUGCUUCUCAGAAUAAAACAGCAAGGACUGGACAUUACCCCCCGCAUCCUUAUAGUCACUAGGUUGAUCCCUGAUGCCGUAGGGAACACCUGCAACCAACGGUUGGAAAGAAUCAGUGGGACACAAUACACAAGCAUUUUACGUGUACCCUUUAGAAGUGAUAAGGGUAUUCUCCGGCAAUGGAUUUCACGUUUUGAUGUUUGGCCUUACUUGGAGACAUUUACAGAGGAUGCUGCCAAUGAAAUAACUGCAGAGAUGCAUGGUACACCAGAUUUAAUUAUUGGAAACUAUAGUGACGGGAAUCUCGUUGCUACUUUAUUGGCACAUAAGCUGGGGGUUACGCAGUGCAAUAUUGCGCAUGCUCUUGAGAAGACAAAGUAUCCAGAUUCUGAUAUUUAUUGGAAGAACUUUGAUGAGAAAUAUCAUUUCUCCUGUCAAUUCACAGCGGAUCUUAUUGCCAUGAACCAUGCAGAUUUCAUUAUUACCAGCACGUAUCAGGAGAUUGCUGGAAGCAAGGAUACUGUUGGUCAGUAUGAAAGUCACACUGCCUUUACUCUGCCUGGACUCUACCGUGUUGUUCAUGGUAUCGAUGUUUUCGAUCCUAAGUUCAACAUAGUCUCACCAGGUGCGGAUAUGGCUAUCUAUUUCCCGUCUACAGAGAAAGAGAGGAGAUUAACGGCACUGCAUCCAGCAAUUGAAGAGCUGUUGUAUAGUCCUGAACAAAAUGACGAACACAUAUGUAUGUUGAAUGAUCGGUCAAAACCAAUUAUAUUCUCCAUGGCAAGGCUUGAUAGAGUGAAAAACAUGACUGGUCUUGUUGAGUGGUUUGGAAAGAACAAGAGAUUGCGUGAAUUGGUAAACCUUGUUGUGGUUGCUGGUUACCAUGAUGUAAAGAAAUCCAGUGACAGGGAAGAAAUUGCUGAGAUUGAAAAAAUGCAUUCUCUUAUCGAAAAGUACAACCUAAAUGGCCAGUUCAGGUGGAUCGUCGCACAGAAGAACCGGGUUCGAAAUGGUGAGCUGUACCGCUACAUUGCAGAUACACGCGGUGCUUUCGUUCAGCCUGCAUUCUAUGAAGCCUUUGGGCUGACGGUUGUGGAAGCCAUGACUUGUGGCCUUCCCACGUUUGCCACCUGCAAUGGAGGACCAGCUGAGAUCAUAGUGCAUGGAACAUCUGGCUUCCAUAUUGAUCCUUAUCAAGGAGACAAGUCUGCUGACCUCAUGGCUGAUUUCUUCGAGAGAUGCAAGGCUGAUCCCCAACACUGGGAUGCGAUUUCCAAAGGAGGAUUGCAGCGUAUCUAUGAAUGCUACACUUGGAAGAUCUAUUCGGAGAGGUUGAUGACCCUUGCUGGCGUUUAUGGAUUCUGGAAAUACGUCUCCAAACUGGAGAGACGGGAAACUCGCCGUUAUCUGGAGAUGUUUUACAUCCUCAAGUACCGUGACCUUGCCAAGACCGUGCCACUUUCUGGCUGAGAAUAUAUUCGAGAGGAUGCUGCCAUUUACCAUCUAGGCGUUUGAACCUGUGGUUUUUUCCUUUAGGACCUAGCUUCCGUGUUUUUCUUUUUUUUCUUUGUUUUGCUUCUCCGGUUGUAACAGCUUUCUUCUACAAAGCUUUUUUUUUAUGGUUGGACAUUCGAAGAAAUCAAAGGAACACUUCCUUAGCAACUUAA